CCCUCUCUCUCAGAUCUUGUUCUUUCUCUGUCGGGUGCCACAGUCUUGCCUGAUGGUUGCGUUGCGACCUCUUUUGUAUACCUGCUUCGGCGAGUGUUGUCUUUUUGCGAAUCCUAAUAGAUCACAACGACAACAGGGAGGGCUUCCGUGUGCUGCCCAGGCUGCUCGCAGUCCAUCUUGGACGACCCAACCAGCAAACACCACCUGGUCCAUUGAAGCGAGGAUGCGUGUCUGAUGGCCUGACCAUAUCAGCAAUAGAUCGAAUCGGGCGGCCGACUCGAAUCACCCGAGAGCCCGCAGGGAGGUCGACAACGCGGAGGGCCGAGGUGUGGGUGGUAGCAGUUGUCGAGGUUCGGGUGCUGGGCAUCGCGCAUUGAGGGGCAGAUCAGAGCCCGCGCCCGCCUUUGGACCUGAAUCGAAACACCAACCCCCCUCAGCGGCCACGCACGGGCGCGACCUCGAGCAGCCAGCCCGUUUACCCGUGGGGAAAAUUACAAGUCACACCACAGCAUACGACAAUUACGACACCUCUCUGGCUGGGUUGUUGACAAGAGGCGGGAAUUCUGUGGGUGUGGGUUUUGGCCCAAGGGGAAACAGAGAAGAUUGAAAGCUGGGCCUAAUAGCUCUGUGUAGCCUUGUCAACGUUGGCGCCUAUACUGGUUGGAAUUUGGGCGACUACACACUGAGAGAGGCCGCUAAAAUCCACCACGACCAAACCACCCACGAUCCUGGGCACCACCUUCACCGAAAACACACCAGUUCCGCCUUCUCCGGACCCUCAAAAUGAUGAGCAGCGGCCGUGACCCGACGUCGCGCCUGCGCGCCGGGCUGAACCCGCUGCUGACGUCGUCGCUGGGCGGAUACCCGAACCCGUCAGGCACGCCGCUGUCGGCCAUGUCGCUGACUUCGCACAACGGCUUUGGCGUUAGCCCGACUCCCGUCAGCGCCAUCCAGCCCUACAACCCUCAGGAAUGGAUUGCCUCACCCCUACCGGGCUCUGAGCGGAGCAGCCAGCGGUAUUCCUCGGGCGAGUCACAGGCGUCACCACUACCACCUCCCCCCUACUCGCCCCCUAGGAGCCAACAGAGGCCCCCGAGCCAGGUGUACGAAACACCGCCAGCCAACAUCUCUGCCGUGCGGGCACCACCACCGCCGCCAAAUGCGCCGCGCAGCUCACCGGAUCAACAUCAUGCCCCAAGCAAUUCGCAUCAGUCCUUCCCGCCGCCACCUCCUGGGACCGGGAGGGUCCCAUCUAGGGACCGCCGCUUUGGGAUCCCAUCGCUGCGGCGGAGGGACCGUGACUCCUCAGUUGACGUCAUUACGCCGCCCGAUAACCACCCACCACCGCCCAUGCCAAUGGGCAUCUUUUCCAGGCCACACCAACAGCAGCAGCAGCAGCAGCAGCAGCAGCAGCAGAUGAGCCAAAGUCCAGACGCAAUGUCCCAUCGGCCGCCACUCCCGGCCUCGUUGUCGCUGCAGAUCCCGCUGCGCCACGAGCCCGCUGAGCCUGAUCAGGUCCAGCAAAUGGCCCCCGCAGCUCGCCGUGCCCAAUCCACUGGAUCUAUAGGCGGCACUCCGACAAGCGCCAGGUCCAGGUCCGCCUCUCAGUUGAGAUGGGACCCGGGCAUGCCUGUGCCACCGCCCCCACCCGGUCCGCCGCCCGGCUCCAGGUCGCAGAGCAUGUCGAGGCCCAACAGCGGGAGCGACCCCAUCAUGUCGCCGCCCACUAGGAGACCACCACCCAGCGGCGUCGCUGCUCUGGGACCGGUCCCGCCCACUCCAGCUAAUUGGAACGAGAACGAGGUGACGAUGGAGCAGCAGCAGUCACAGCGUCUCCAACAGCAGCGCCAAGAGCAGCACCAGAUAGAACAACAAAUAGAGCAAGAGCAGCAGCAGCACCUCCAACGCAGAGACCGCAGCAACUCCCCACCAGACUCGACGGCCAGGUCCUCACAUGGGGACGGCUCAAGUGGCAACAGAACUCGUGUCCCAGGCGAAUCUAUCGAGUCUCCUCCCGGCUCGGCCGGGCUUGGACGGGCUGGAGCAGUCAGGGGAGAUAUGACGCUGCGAGAACGGCGGAACGAAAGCAGGACACGAGGUGUCCACAACUCGAUCGAUGCGUCGCUGGAAGGACACCACCAGAGACAUCUUUCUGACAUUGUGAUUCCCAGCUCCGGCCAGCUUUCAAGGCGCCCGACUAUCACCCGAGGAACGCCAAGGAGCGCAGGGCGACCGGCUCAGAGUAGCCAGGAAACACCACGAUCUGCCAAUGACUCCCGCAACGCUACCCCGCGGGCCCUGGCGUCCGCUCCUCCUACAAUGACGGAGAACAGCGCCAGCCAGCUCGAGACUCCGCCCUUCUGUCCGCGACCGCAAAAGCCAUACCAGCUCAGCGGCGGCCAGCAGGGUCACGCCCCCGGCCCCAUGGCACCCAAGGCUCUUCCCACCCCUCCUCCCCAGGUCCGGUCGGCAUCUAGCUCGCAGACGCGGAUGAGAAUGGAGCCCGGUGCGAACAGCACGCCUGCCGCCACCGCCACGCCCUCGUCAUACCCAAUCAGCAAGGAGACAGCAGUGGGGCAGACAGCUGACCAGUUUUGCCGCGGGACAGUCGAGCGGUUCCAGGCCUUCGCGCGCAGGGAGGCCACGGCCGCAGACGAUGCCGAGCGCGUGAGGCUCUUUGCCGAAUUUAUAGUCAGCGAGUCGCGUGUCCGUCGGGAGCGUUAUGCAGCCUCGAUUGGGGCUAUGGGUUACGAAGUGCUAGAUCUCACACGGGACUUGUUCCGUCCCAUGUCUGCUAGGCGCGACUCGUCUCAGGGCAGCGUCGCUCCAGAGUUUACGCCGAGGUCAUCGGAGCCGAACAGGUCGCAGCGCGCCUCCCCGGGCUACGCACACCGCGGGGAAGGCUCAGCGACGCCUCAUGCCAACGACAAUGGCCAGGCCUCUAGCAGCUCAGCCCCUCCGUCCCCGUCGCCGAUGCCUCCCGGCACGAGCCCUGAUCGCGGCCAGAACUGGCAGCAGUCUAACUAUAGGCCAUCGCUGUCGCCAAUUCUCAGCAUGAGCGUCAGCGACAUGGUGGAUGAGGAGGACUCGCGCGGACGACCGGCCAGCCGCUGGUGGGAGGCGGACUCCAACGGAACCCCGUCGCAGCGCAUUGAGCGCUCCAAGCGUGAAUCAAAGUACAUGGGCGUGCCCAAGGAGGCCCGCGAGGCGCUCCAAUGGAGCGACGAACCCCACGAUGCGAACCAGAGCUGCCACCGUAGCGCCCAGCCCCAAAGCCGGGACUCGGGGUUGGAAUACCCGCCCGAGAAGGUGGGCUGGCAUGAGGACUCGACGGAGAACGUGCGCACGCCCCAGCAAGCCGAUCACUCGCACCAACCGGCACAGUACUACCGCAACUCUCUAACCCCAGGUCCCGCGACCGCGACGUCGUCGGCAACAGCGCCCAGCACGCCGGACCCGUCGCACUUGGACGUCUCCCGCCUCGUCACCCUGCCGCCCCCGUACCCACGCCACCACCCGGCAGUGAACAACAACCACCCGGAGCUGGCGGCCACGCGGGCCGAGGUGCGGGUGCUGACCGACUUGGCCGACGCCGAGGCGACAAAGGCUCGGUUCACGACUGACAGCCGCAAGAUGCGCGACGAGGCUGCAGCGGCCGCCAAGAAGCGCGUCUCGUCUCUGCGCACCAACUUGCAGCAGGAGAUCGCGGCUGGCAACAUGACUUACGCCGAGGCGGCCUCGAUCGAAGAGGACUCGGCGCAGGCGGAGCGGAGUGCGCUCAGGGACCUUGAGAAGGCCGACUUUGAGCGGUUCCAGCAGGCGGUUGUGGCGCCAGUCAACGAGCUGUUGACGUCGCGAAUCAACAAGGCCACGGGCCUUUUCGACGGCCUGCGGUCGCGCCUGUUCGACGAGUCGCGCGAGCCGUCCCCCAACGUGCCCCAGGAGGAGGGCGACGAGCGGCCCGAGCUGCUCGAGAAGCUGACGCUGCUGAAGUGGAUAUUCGAGGCCCGCGAGACGCUCCACCGCGCCGUCUACGACCUGCUCUCGGACCGCAACGACCGCUACCGCGACGUGGUGCUGACCCCCUACCGCCUCUCGGGCAACGCCGAAAAGCUGGCCAACGCGCGGGCCUUCUUUGCCGAGGACGCGGCCAAGCGCUCGCACGCCUUUGCCGAGGAGUCGCUGCAGAGGGCGCGCGAGUUCCGCGACGUGGUGGAGGAGAAUGUGUCGCGGGGCGUCGAGGUGCAGCUGUCGGCGUUUUGGGACAUUGCGCCGCCGCUCAAGUCGCUGCUGGACGAGGUGCCGCAGGACCACGGGGCGCUAGCCGACUUCCACAUCCAGGUGCCGGCGCAGGAGGUGCUGGAGAACCCGAGCUACGGGCAGCACCCGCUGCAGCACCUGUUCAGCGUGCUGCUGCACGCAGAGAAGAGCACGUACCAGUUCAUCGAGUCGCAAACCAACCUCCUGUGCCUGCUGCACGAGGUCAAGGAGAGCCUGGCCCUGGCGCGCGCCAAGGCGGCCCAGGCGGAGCGCAACGUGGCCACGGCGGCCGAGCGGGUGCUGUCGGCGUCGGCGGGCAGCGAGGCGGCGGCGGCCGUGGCCAACGACGACGACGAGGACCCGGAGGUGACCGAGAUGCGCGAGGACGAGAGCAGGCGGCUGACGGAGGACCUCAAAGAGAAGGUGCGCGUGGUGCGGGACCAGUGGGAUAGCGCGCUCGGCGACUGCAUCGGCGGCGUCAAGGAGCGCCUCGGCGGCUGGCUGCUCGAGACGGGCGGCUGGGACGAGAGCCUCGAGGACGGAGGGGUCGGUGGCGUGUGA